UCCUAAAAUUUCAUAAAAUAAAAAAGCAAGUGCACAUUGAAAUAGUAUCCAGAAAAUAUUGAUAUUUACGGUCAUAUACAUGCGAUUUUUCUAUUCUAUCAUGCCGCUAUCUGCAUCAGCAGUGGUACUAAUAUUUUUGAUAUGUAGUAAUGUUCAGUUUUGUAAAGCAUACCUUUUCUGGAAUCAGUCAACUAUUUCAACACAUCAGACUUUCAUGCAAUUUUCAACCCCAGAAGAAUGUGCACGUGAAUGCAAAGAUAACGAGCCAUCAAAAUAUUGUUAUUAUCACUUUGUCCUUGAAUAUUAUACAUCAAAUAAUCGUGCGUGUGACUAUUGUGAACAACCAGUGAAUAAUUCGGGAAUUACUUCAUCAUGUGAAUGUGUUAUAGGUGAUGGAUUUGAAAAAACAAUAUUUUCUAUCAAUCGUAUGAUCCCAGGUCCAAGUAUUCAAGUUUGCAAAAAUGAUUAUGUUAUCAUUGACUUACAAAAUGAAGCCGAAGGUCUUGAAGCGAGUAUACAUUGGCAUGGAAUUUUUCAAAAUGGGUUUCAAUAUUUUGACGGUGUACCAUUUUUGACGCAAUGUCCAAUUUUGUCAUCUAAUACCUUCAGAUAUCAAUUUAUGGUAAAAAAUUCAGGUACACAUUUCUAUCAUUCACAUAUAUCAGUGCAUAUGAUAGAUGGACAGUAUGGAUCUUUUAUCGUACGCGAUCCGCCACAAUUAAAUCCUUUUCAUAAUUUAUACGAUAUGGAUCUUCCGGAACACGUAAUAGUUAUAAGUGACUGGAUGCACGAAUUAUCGUUAGAACGUUUUCCUGGUCGAUAUAAAACAAAUUCAAAGGGGCAAAUUCCGCAAAAUUUUUUAAUAAAUGGUAGAGGAAAUUGGAAGAAUCCUUCAUCUGGAGUAAGCACAAACGUUGCACUUUCAAUGUUUAUGGUUGAAAAAGGCAAAAGAUAUAGAUUUCGCAUGAUUAAUGCAUGUAGUACAGUUUGUUUGAUUGAAGUAAAAAUUGAAAACCAUUCUCUGCAAAUAAUAGCUACAGAUGGUGAAAAUGUGAAGCCUGUACAAGGGAUAAAUGCAAUUACUAUGGCUACAGGUGAACGUGUUGAUGUUAUUUUAAAUGCAAAUCAAACUUCGGGUUAUUAUUGGAUACACGUACGAGGACUUGGAGAAUGUGCAGAAAAAGAAAUAUAUCAAUUAGCAAUCCUUGCCUAUAAAGACAGUUCUAAAUCAUCAUUAUCAUCAUAUCCAGGAUAUUUUUUUGGUGCAUCCAGAAGUGUUUUUAAUCCACCGAAUGCUACAGAAUGUGAAAAUGGCCUUUGUGUGGAUCAGUUAACCAAAAUCUACCUUCCUGACGAACAUGUAACACCGUUAUAUCAGAAACCAGAUGAAUUAAUUAUAAUGUCUUUUAAUUUUUUUAACUACAGUGAGCCGUUUUUAUUUAACUCCAAAAAUCAAGAAUAUCAACGUUUCUUUGUUUCACCAACCGGAUCUCAUAUAGACAGUUUGGUCGCCAAUAUUUCAUAUAAAAAUCCAUCAGCACCUCUUAUUUCACAAAAUAAUGGAUAUCAAUUUAUGUGUGGAGAUCCUUUCGUACCAUCUACAUGCACAGAGCCAUGUACUUGCGCUCAUGUUUCUCAUAUCCAGCUUGGAGCACUUGUGGAUGUGAUGAUCUACGAUGAAAGACCCUUGCAGAAUUUAAAUCAUCCAUUUCAUUUACAUGGUUAUAGCUUCUGUGUAAUGUAUGCAGGACAAUUUGUAAAUGCACCUAAUAAAAAUGAUAUAACAAAUAAGGAUGUAAUGAAAGAGAUAGAAGCUCAUAUGGCACGUUUACAAAAUGGUUAUUAUACGCAUUGUAGUCCUAAAGAUACUGUAACUGUACCAAAUACUGGUUUUAUCAUCUUACGUUUCAAGGCAGAUAAUCCAGGCUGGUGGUUCUUUCAUUGUCAUUUUACAUGGCAUACUGCAACCGGAAUGAAUGUUGUCUUACAUAUUGGUACAUCAUAUGAUCUGCCACCUGUACCACCUAACUUUCCAAAGUGCAACAAUUGGACACCACGAAUUUAAUUUGUUAAAUUCUAUAAAUAAAAUAAAAAUUUAUCCCUAAUAUUAAUUAAAUUUUUAAUUAAAUUUUUUUUGGUCAGUUUCUUGAAAUGUUUAAUAUACUGUAUGUAAAAAAUGUAAAUAAAUAAUAAACCAAUAAAUACAUUGAUGCAUAUUAGUAAAA